AUGAUUCCUUUUUUAAAUUUUACUUAACUGAUCUAUUGUAUUCUUGGAAUAAAGAAUGGAGAUUUUACUUUUGAAUCAAUUUUAGUAGAAAUAGAAAUAAGCAAUAAUUUUAAAAAUUAAGUCAUCAUUACACUAUUAAACAGGCUAAUAUCCAUAAAAUUAUUAAGAGAAAAGUAUUUAACUGAUAUUUUAGCUUUAAAACAAUGCUAUAAGAUACAUCCUCCUUAGAAUUAUUUAAGUCUGAAACUCAUAAGAAUGAAAAAUUUAAAAUAUAUAUUCCAGAUAUUUUUUAUGGCCGAAUUAAUAAUUUGGCGAUUAUAACUAAUUCCUUAAUCUUUUUGA